GGGCGUGUCCGUGCCCCAUACGGGUAUUUACCUUCCUGAGCCCGAGCAGAGGCGGGAAAUGGCGCCUGGUAACAACGGUGUGUCAUUACAGCGACGGCCAUUGAGCAGAUAAGGGAAACGUAGAAGACAGACAACAAUCACUGCCUCUUCAGCGAUGGCUCCCGGGUCGUGAAAAUCUAUUUUAAACCCAGCGAGGACCACCAGAGUGAGCCUUACAUGUGACUGCUAAAACGAUGAGGCUGAGAAUGCGUAAGGCGUCUCAGCAACCCAUCCCCAGUCUGGCACCCCGCCCAUCCCGGACCAAGAGACGGCAUUCGGACGUAGAAGAGGACGCUCCGACCAGCGGCAGGGGCCUGUUCUCAACCAUCAAAAAGUUCAUCAGAGGAAGUGCAGUCAAGGUGCAGCAGGACAACCCGGCCAAGAAGGCGCGUCUCCACUGCGAUGUGGACAACAACUUAAUCACCUCAACUCCGGACACCAACACUCCUCGCAAGGCCGUCAGUAGGGUUGGCAGGAAGGGCUCCGUCAAUGGAUUGGCAACCAAUCACGACAGGAGCAAGGAGAAGCCCAAUGGCAGCCUGGAGGAAACAACGGCCGCCGAGGUGCCCGCCAGCCCACCUCGGACAACUCUACUUGGGACCAUCUUCUCUCCCGUUUUCAACUUCUUCUCACCAGCUAAGAACGCCUCUUCCGGCUCGGACUCCCCAGACCAAGCACUGGAGGCCGAGGAAAUAGUCAAACAGCUGGAAAUGGAGCAAACUGUCGAAACGGCCACCAGCGCCAUCACUUCCACACAGGAGCUAUGCACCGCCACAAGCUUCUACUCCAGCGUGUCCCAGCUGCCGCCGUUGCGGCUUCCUCACAUGCCCGACGUUUGCUCCACACCAGAGGAGGAUGACAUUGACGCUAAUGCUGAUCUACCGCCCCUCACUGCUCCGGGCUCAAGUCCAGAAAUGGCGUACAUGAACUCCCCUCCCACUGCCGUACCACCAGAAGCGUCCUACGAGGAAGAAUGGGAAGUCUUUGACCCGUAUUUCUUCAUCAAGCACGUCCCGCCGUUAACUGAAGAGCAGCUCACUCGGAAACCAGCCUUACCAUUAAAGACUCGUAGCACACCUGAAUUCUCUUUGGUCCUCGAUCUGGAUGAAACGUUGGUCCACUGCAGUUUAAACGAGCUGGAGGAUGCAGCACUUACCUUUCCUGUGCUCUUUCAGGAUGUCAUUUACCAGGUAUAUGUGCGCUUGAGACCGUUUUUCCGAGAGUUCUUGGAACGCAUGUCUCAAAUCUACGAGAUUAUCCUUUUUACAGCCUCUAAAAAGGUGUAUGCAGACAAACUCCUCAACAUCCUGGACCCGAAGAAGCAGCUAGUGAGACACAGGUUGUUUCGGGAGCAUUGUGUCUGCGUCCAGGGAAACUACAUCAAGGAUCUUAACAUUCUAGGCAGAGAUCUGUCAAAGACCAUCAUCAUUGACAAUUCACCGCAAGCCUUUGCAUACCAGCUGUCCAACGGUAUUCCCAUUGAGAGCUGGUUCAUGGACAAGAAUGACAGUGAGCUGCUGAAGUUGGUGCCCUUCUUGGAGAAGCUGGUUGAAAUGAACGAAGAUGUGCGUCCGCAUGUUCGGGAGAGGUUCCGUCUUCACGACCUGUUGCCUCCGGAUUGAACCCGAGUCUCUCAAACAGGGACAGCAAGGAAGGACUGAAAACCAAGUGUGUAAAAAAAAAAAAAAAAAAAAAAGCCUUUGCCAUUGCUUCAAUUUUGUUUUUAUUUUUUUAACACUAUCCAUUCAAAAGAAGAAGAAAAAAAAAAAACAUUUUCUGUGUGAAUUUUUCUAAGAAGCCCAGAUUUUUUUUUUUUUUGGACUCUCCAGUUGUGGAGCAGGACUCUGGUCUCCGCACUAAAAGCAAGGCUUAGUGGAUGUAAAAUGAGGAACCCGAGGUGCUUGAACCCAACUUAACCUCUGGUGCUGAAGCCCGUCGGCACUCCGGUCUCCACAGGAAGGGACUGGCUUGUAAAUGGAUAUGUGCAUCUCGCUGUUCACUCCUGUUGUUGUUUUGCAAAACUGUAGCCUUUAACGUCAUAUCCAUUCCACGCUAGCUGAAUCAACUUUUUUUUUUUUAAUUUUUUUUAUGAUUUUUAAAAUGUUAUCUUUGUAUGUGGUGUUUUAGAAGGGGGGGGGGGACUAACCGUAAGCCGGUCAAAUCAAUGCGAGCUCGGUCAUGACUUGUUUUAAGAAUCUUCAUAAUGAGGGCAUUCAUGUUUUUUGAAGUGCUUUUGUGUCGACGUUAACAGUAUUUGAUUUGUCUGGAAUCCAGUAUUGUCUUUCACGCCUAAUCAAGUUUUUUUUUUUUUUUUUUGGGGGUGGGGGGGCUUAAUCAGAGACGCUUUAUUUCUUGAGUUGUCAUUCGAUGGCUGCACGAUAAUGUAGCAUGAACCGGUGUCUUAUGAUAUCUGGUUUAAAGCCUCAGCAAGCCGCAUCUUUGUUUUUGUUGUUUUGUUUUUUUUUUUUUUCAAAA